CUCACUCAUUUUCAUUAUUUUUUCUCUCUCUCUCUCUCUCUCUCUCCUUCGACAUUGUACCUGUUGAGUGAUUAUCCAGCGAAAACGGUCCUUCUCCUUUCCGGGGUCUGGAUUUUUCGGAAGAGUUAGACAAACAAACGGUCUUCAUUUCAACUUCUUGCUCUCAUGGACACCACAACACCGAAUUCAGAACGCCGUCCGUUUUCAAUCAAAUUGUGGCCCCCAAGCCAGAACACACGAUUAAUGCUUGUGGAACGAAUCACCAACAAUCUUUCCAGUCAAUCCCUUUUCACUCAGAAAUAUGGUAGCCUGAACAAGGAAGAGGCUGGAGAGAAUGCCAAAGAAAUUGAAGAUGCAGCUUUCGCCUCUGCAAGUGAACACUAUGAGAAGGAGCCUGAUGGUGAUGGAAGUUCUGCAGUGCAGCUUUAUGCCAAGGAAUGCAGUAAGCUCAUUUUGGAAGUUCUCAAAAGGGGCCCCAGAACUAAAGAGAAUGGGGAGUUGGUAAAAGCUGAGAAAAUUCCAGGUCCCCAUGAAACCUUUUUUGAUAUAUCCAAGGGCCUGCGGGCCUUCAUUGGAGCGGAGGAGGCUCAAGAGCUUUUAAGCCCGUUAAAGGAGCCAGGAAACUCUUACACCAAGAUAUGCUUCAGCAAUAGAAGCUUUGGCCUGGAUGCAGCCCGUAUAGCGGAGCCCAUCUUGCUCUCUCUCAAGGGUCAACUACAGGAAGUUGACCUGUCUGAUUUUAUUGCAGGAAGACCAGAGGAAGAAGCUCUUAAUGUCAUGAAUAUCUUCUCAGCAGCUUUGGAAGGUUCCCUUUUGAGGUCUCUUGACCUUUCAAGCAAUGCUUUGGGUGAAAAGGGUGUUAGAGCAUUUGGGAAACUCCUAAAAUCGCAGAGUAGCUUGGAGGAGUUAUACCUAAUGAAUGAUGGCAUUUCGGAGGAAGCUGCACGGGCUGUUUGUGAAUUAAUUCCAUCCACAGAGAAGCUUAGGGUACUGCAAUUUCAUAAUAACAUGACUGGAGAUGAAGGGGCUGUUGCUAUCUCUGAAAUCGUGAAGCGCUCUCCCCUUCUAGAGGAUUUCCGAUGCUCCUCUACAAGGGUAGACUCUGUAGGGGCAAUUGCUUUGUCUGAAGCGCUUGGGAAAUGUGCCCAUUUGAAGAAGCUUGAUUUGAGGGACAAUAUGUUUGGUGUAGAAGCUGGAUUGGUCCUGAGUAAAGCUCUUUUAAACCAUGCGAAUCUUACCGAGGUUUACCUGAGCUAUUUGAAUUUAGAAGAUGAGGCGACAAAUGCUAUAGCCAAUGCUCUAAAAGACUCGGCCCCCUCGCUUGAGGUCUUGGAAAUGGCCGGAAAUGAUAUAACAGCCAAAGGUGCUCUUAGUUUAGCUGAAUGUAUAGCUGCGAAGAAGUUCCUCACCAAAUUGAAUUUGGCGGAAAAUAAACUCAAGGAUGAAGGUGCAAUUCGAAUUGGUAGGGCUGUGGAAGAAAGCCAGGGUCAAUUGAAGGAAGUUGAUAUGAGUAACAACUUAAUAAGGAGGGCUGGGGCUAGGGUUCUGGCUCAGGCUGUGGUGGAAAAGCCUGAGUUUAAGUUACUGAACUUAAAUGAAAAUUUCAUCUCCGAAGAAGGAGUUGAUGAGUUGAAGGGUAUGUUUAAGGGUUCUCCAGAUUUGCUUGGGUCAUUGGACGAUAAUGAUCCUGAUGGAGUGGAUGAUGAUGAGGAUGAUGACGAGAAGAAUUCUGCAGACGAGGAUGAGGGCGAUGAGGAUGAAUUGGAAUCGAAACUGAAGAACCUUGAUGUUAACUCUGAGGAGUAGAGGUUUCUGUCGUGUCAGGGUUGGUUUAAUUACCUUCAGCAGAAUCUGAGGAGCUGUUGUUCUAUCAGUAGGUUAGGCGGUUCGAUGGCAUCAUUUUUCCUUGCCAUUUAGGUUGCCUUUUAUGAUUUCAUGCUUUAGUUUGUUUAAAAUUUGUACCAGAGAUGCUUUUGUUUCAGGAUACAUUAACAGCUUGGAACA